UCAACUUUCCUUCCAUAGACCCCCCUCCCCAAAAAAAAAAUAAUCCUGAAAUGAGACGUUGGAACUCUGCUUCAUAUUCCGAUAUCACACAAAAUGGCUACACCGUUUCUAGCUGGGCUUGCAGUAGCUGCUGCUGCUCUUGCUGGUAGAUAUGGAAUCCAGGCUUGGCAAACAUUUAAGGCACGCCCACCAAAACCCAGAAUGCGCAAAUUCUAUGAAGGUGGUUUCCAGCCAACAAUGACGAAAAGGGAAGCAGCUCUUAUUCUUGGUAUUAGAGAGAAUGCAACCCCGGAUAAGGUCAAAGAAGCACAUAGAAGAGUCAUGGCUUAUACUGAUGCAGGUGGUAGCCAUUACCUAGCUUCCAAAAUUAAUGAAGCUAAAGAUGUGAUGCUUGGAAAGACAAAGAGUAGUGGAUCUGCGUUCUAAUCCUAUUGAAAGAUUCUUUGAUUUUGCAAUCCAACGAACGAAAAUUGUCCUUUCCUUUCAUUCAUAAUCUUUAACUUUUAAAGGUCAUGCUUGCCCAUCAACCUUUGUGCCUAUUUUGAGGUCCAGGAAUGGAAUUCCCAGACAUUGCUUGUCGUCAUUCUUCUGCCUUUUACGGAAGAGCUAGAUUACUCCCUAAUCUUUGUACCCUCAUCGAUUGUCAGCCAUAUAUGCUUGUAAGAUAAUUCAGAGAUUAAUUUAUCAUGUUCCGCUGCAUAAUAUGGAAGAAAACUAGACAAUUCAAAAUUUGGCGAGGAUUGCAUGUGUGCUGCCUUAUAAUUAGAGCUUAAUUUUAAUGGAUGUCAACUAUAUUA